AUGGGGGGGCUUGUCACCUGUUGGUCGAAGGGGGUAAAGCUCUCAGAGCCAAGACCAUUCGAUUGGGAUGAGUUUGAGGCCAUCAAUAGGAAACACGAUGGCCAUGAAGCCUUUUGGGUAGAACGGCUUGCACAAGACGAACAUGAUUUUGCACAUGUACAGCUCUAUCAAUCAGCUGAAGAUCAAUCUAUGCAUCAG